AUGAUAAUUUUUACGGCAUCCGCGGCUAAAGUUGUUGGACUUGGCUUCCUAUGUGGACUGAUUGGUUCGUGGCUUCUAACAUCGUCCACAAGCUCCUACGUUGGUCAAUUUCAAUCUUACCCAUCGUGGCUCAAGUCAAAGAUAGACGCUCUCGAUGUUCAAAGCUUUAACCACCACGAUGGACAUCAUGAAGGUAUACUUAACUUCCUCUUUCCACUCAAUCACUACGCUCGAGACGAAACUUUACUUGUGGAUGAAAUGGCUAAAGUGAGGCCGGUGUUCGCCUUCAUUUUCACCUCAGCGGCAGCGAACCAAACUCGAGCUGCCCAUAUUAAAUUGACUUGGGCGCAACGCUUCAAUGGCUAUCUCUUCUUCAGUGAUAGUAACGAUUCCGGUCUCCCAGCAAUUGGUUUACGGGAUAAGAGGGGGUGGGCGCUGACCCGUUCCGCCAUUGCUCAUGUUUAUGACAACUUUGGUCAGAACUUCACAUUCUUCAUGAAAGCUCAUGACACUAAUUACGUUGUGGUGGAGAAUUUGCGUGCUCUCCUCCUCAAAUUGGACUUCAACGAGCCACUUUUGAUUGGUCGUCUAACGGAGGCAACCCAAAACACCACUAAAUUUAUGUCUGAUGAGUCCGGUUAUGUCAUGUCACGUGCAGCCUUGGAACAUCUCGCUAUGGGCAUCAAGAGUAACGCUGAGGCUUGUGGCGAAAAUGACGCUGCUGUGGAUGCCAAUCUUGACCAGGAAAAAGCUGAUCUCUUUCAUCCUCUUUCACCCUCAGAGACCAUGAAGCUGUUUCUACAGGCCACGAACCCCGAUAAGACAUUCAACUUUGAUAAGGCAACUAGAGCUUUCAGCUGCUGCAGUGACCGAUCUGUGACCUUUUCAAAUAUCAAGGGCGCCGAUCUCUACAUGAUGGAGUAUAUGACUUACCACCUUUACCCAUAUGGCAUCAUUAGGGAGCCUGAGAAUUAUGAAAAUCUUUCAGAAAAGGUGAGGAGGAUGAAUAGGUUAAGUCAUUCAUGGAAGCAUCGAAGCAAAGCUCAAUUAUUUCUUAUUGGUGUACUGACGGGGAUAGUCGUCUUCGGUGUCCACUUCAGCACGCUACAGUUCAGGAGUGAGUGCACUAAGAAAGAGGUCAUUGAUUUGGCUAACUUCGUAGUCACACACAAUAAUGAUGACAGCUGUCAACUGUAUCGCCGUGUAGGCAGUCUAACUCUGGCUGAACAUUUGGCCAAGCGAGUUCGCGUGUUUGCUGCUAUCUUGACAACUCCACCAGCCAAAAUGGUCAAAGCUAUUCAUGUGAAAAUGACCUGGGCGCGGCGGUUUAACGGAUACGUGUUUGUUAGCUCUGAAGAUGACAUUUAUUUGCCAUCUAUCAAAGCCAUAGAUGAGGAGAGCCGAACUUUGCUUUGGGCGAAAAUACGUCAGGCUAUGGUCCACAUAUACACCAACAGUCUUAACGACUAUGACUUCUUCCUGAAGGCUGAUGACGACACCUAUGUGAUUGUGGAAAACCUGCGAUUCUUUCUCUCCAAUCGGGAUCCCAACGUACCCACCUUAAUGGGCAGACGGUUUAACUAUUCCAAGGGAAGUUUUUUCCCUUCCGGUGGAUCCGGCUACGUGUUAUCGCGGGCGGCGUUGAAAAUGAUUGUCGAGGGUAUCCUUAAUGGGACGUCAGCAUGUGCCAAGUCAGAGGCUCCGGAAGACGUCCAACUUGACAUACUUGGACCGGAAAAGUGA